CCUGUUCUGACCAACGGCGCUCGUGAGAAGUGGACGGAGCGGCGCAGUGCGGGCGUGCUUGUCAUUGCUAUCCCCGGAGGCUUCACGCUGAGGUGGACCAUGCCUGUGCAGAGACGCGGUGUCGUUAAGACCGCCGAAGGGAGCAGCAUUGAGAAGAAAAUCAAACGAGGCAACGCCUUAAGACAAGGAUCCGGGUGGAAAAAGCCGAUAGUGGGGACAGUUGCAGUGAGCCUCUUCAUCAUUGCUGGUGGCCUCGGCUGGCUUUAUGUGAGCCAAGAUGAGUUUGUCACUGAAGUGUUUGUGAGGCAGGAUGAGUUUCUGGAUGGGACUAAAUUUGUUCAGGUGCCGUGCUCAGAGGAUUACGAAAACUUCAAGAGAUUUAAAGGCUGUACACCUCAGAGAUGUGGCAGAGCAGUGACUGAUGCUGUGAUAAGUCGGGAAGAGGCUGGAAGAAUGCUCAGAUUAGCAGAGAGUGGACUCGCACUUGGAGGAUCGGAUGGAGGUGCUUCAAUUCUGGACCUUCAUUCUGGUGCUUUGUCCAUGGGGAAGCAAUUUGUGAAUAUCUACAGGUACUUUCCAGAUGAAGUGAAAGACAUCUUUUCUGAAGAGGACUUUGAACUUUAUCGCUCUUUGCGUCAGAGGAUUCAAGAAGAGAUAGCAAGGACAUUUGGACUGGAUGCUUCCCGACUCUUCCUUACAAAGCCCACUUUUUUCUCCAGAAUGAACAACACUGACGCCAAGACAAUCCAUGACGAGUACUGGCAUCCUCAUGUAGACAAGGUGACCUAUGGCUCCUUUGAUUACACUUCCCUGCUCUACCUGUCGGACUACGGAGUCGAUUUUGGAGGGGGGCGAUUUGUGUUCAUGGAUGGAUCGCACAACAGAACCAUGGAACCCAGAGCAGGUCGAGUUUCUUUCUUCAGCUCCGGUUCAGAAAAUCUGCAUCGCGUAGAAAAGGUCAGCUGGGGGACUCGGUUUGCCAUCACAGUGUCCUUCACCUGUGACCCCACACACGCCAUCUCCGACCCCACGCUCACAUAGGGAACGGCAGCCACGCUGUCCUUUUCUGGAACGUCUGAAAUUCAAGAAUAAAGAAAGAUUGCAGCUUUACUGUCAAUGGCCUUUGAAGGACGACUGAUUCAGAAGAUGGACACUGAAAACUGACCAUAGGUAUUGAGCUGGGGGGUACAUGAGCUGCAGGGUAGGUUUUGUUGGUUUUUUUUUUUUUAUUUCUAUUUUUUUAAUAAAAUGUUUUCUUUUUAAA